AUGUUGGACUCCAAAGCUAAAGAUCGGCCCUGGGGUUACGGGUGGAGGUCCUCACAGAAAUUCGUACUGGUAGCAGUAGCAAUGACGAUGUUGACAGGUAAAGCGCUUGGAAGGGCAGACAUGUUUUUGCAUGACUUUAUGGUUUCCAUUCUCCCUGCGAUGCUCGAGGAUCGCCUUCAACUGGACCCCGAACUGAUCCAGAACGCCAGUCUGGCUUUGCUGGCCGAGAGCGCACUGGUGUCGUUCAUAGUCAGCCCACUCAUCCACCACCAUGCUGACCGUUUCCAAAAUGAUAAGUGGCUGCUUGCUGGCCUGGUAGGCGAGUUGCUUGGCUCUAUGAUGAUUGCCUCUGCUGAUUCAUUAAUGCUACUUUUCUCCGGUCGCUUUGUGCAGGCGGUCGCCAAUGCAAGUGUAGGUGUUCUUGGGUUGUCCAGUUUAUCACGAAAGGUAUCACUGGGAGACUUGGAUAAGAUAAAUAGCAUCAUAUCAGUUUCCCUCGCGGUCGGCACAACGGCUGCACCUCUGAUCGCCGGUGCGCUUCUGCAGUUGGUGGGGUACUGGGGGGCUUGGAACUGUGCAUUUAUUGCGAGUGUGAUUGGCAUUGGACUCCAAUCUUUGAUGGUUGACACACCACAGCCACAUGGGGAUUCAAAGGUGAUGCCGACCGACGAAUGUGCGAGCGAGGCACCUGCAGUUGAUGAAGAGAGCCCGUUAUUACCAACGGCUGUGGCGGGAAAUGUCGCCGAGUUGCAAGGUCUGCCAUACAAAAUGAUCGACCUGGACUUAUAUGUACACCUGUUCACAAAUGCCCGAUAUGUCGGAGGCAUCGUCAGUAGUAUCUGUUACGCAGUUGUGUCAUCAAGCUUCAGUGCCACCCUGCCGCUGCACGUUUGCCACAUUUUCCAGUGGGGAAGUUUUCCAACAGGCCUUCUCUUCGCGGCAAUUCAAGGGCCCAACGCAGUUCUCGGUGUUCCUGUCGCGUGGUUAAAGAAACGAAUAGGCACGCGCCACCCAACCACCUUUGGCUUUGCUACGCUGGCCAUCAUGCUAUGGCUGAUGGGUAUUCCCGGUGACGAGCAGUUUUCUUGGGCAAAUGGCGAAAUUCGAGACAUCUUGCUGUACGUCGGGAGUGUGAUGGGUGCUGGUAUUUCCAUGUCCUUGUUGAACGGGGUUGGCAUGAUGGAAGCCACCAGUGCCGUUUGUGAGCUCGAGGAUGAGCAUCCGGAAAUAUUCGACUCUCGCGAAGGACAUACUAGAGCGGUGUUUGUCACUCGAUUGAGUUCAACGCUUGGGACAUUUGUCGGAGCCAUAUUGUCGGGAACGCUAAGCGAGCGAAGAGGAUAUUAUGCGAUGAAUUGCGCCAGUGAUCUGCGCACUGUGCUCCCUUUUCGUGCUCUGGAACUUGAAAUCCACGGUCCCUCGGCGUCCCGCGAAGCCGCUAGUGGGGAAACGGAGACCGAGCUUACCGAGCCGCGUUACACAUAUUAA